UUGAUUGACCAUGCUGUCGAUUUUGUUGCCGGGGGUGGGGUCAGUGGUGCUAUCGGUACGGCCGUCGGUACGGGUGUCGGCGCCGGAUUGAGGGAAACCAUGAGUGGUGUGAAGGGUGCGUUAGGCGGUGAGGACACUAUGUUAGGCAAAGCUACCGGAGCUGUUACGGGAGUUAUUGGAAAGGGAGCCGCGGUGCCUAUGGAGCCGGAAAAGAUUUAUUUGGAAAAGUAACAAGUGGUGGUGCUUUGGAUGCUGGCAAAGGUUUAAUUGGGAAAGUAACAGGUGGCUCUGAUCAAGGUGGUUACUGUGCAGAAAAUCCUCUUGGUGAUACUGUAAGUGCUGGCACUGGAUCAGGUUCAUAUAGUGGUCAAACCGGUAGUGUUUUUGGAGGAAAUGGAGGUUCAUUAAGCUUUGGAUUCAGAUAAAUGAUAAUGUACUAAUCAGAAUUUAACUUGUUAAGUUUAUAAUAAUUAAAAUUUUAAAAUAGUGGCUUAUAUAUUAUUUUUAAAAACUUUAUAAAUGUUUAAAU